AUGCUCAAAUUGCCCUCGGAAAUCUUGUGUGGCGUUUUGGAUUGGAUUAUUCAUGAAGAUCAAAGGAAUUCCAAUCACUCUGAUUCAUCACUCAUCGACUCGAACUGUAUCGAGAAAAUUCAAAUCAUUUGUUCUUUUGAAUUAAUUUCGUUUGAAAUUUCAAAGCGGAAGGAAAUUAAAAAUUAUUUAGAAAAUAACUUUUGGAAACCUCUCUUAUGGAGACAAUGGAGUGACACCUCGAUCAGCAAUAACGUGGCAACAAUCAGUCAAAAGGAAGAAAUCAUGAAACUGCUACAACACAAAGUUCAGAAUAGUUCUUUAACAUUUAAACGAGUUUAUGCCCUCACCAAUCACUACAAAUAUUUAUUUAAGAGAAACCUACAUCAAAGCGUGAAAUCAUUGGGUGUCGGCAAAUCAAGUAUUACCUAUACAAUGUUGCAACGGUUGGAUGCUAAUGGAGAUUUUGAUCCAACUGUUGAAGAUUAUGAAAAAAUUCAAAUAGAGGUGAAUAGUCAACCACUAACUUUGGAAAUUGUAGACACACAAGUAUCCUUACUUCUCCCUCCCUUUGAACAGUUCAUCCAAAGCUGCGACGGACUUGUUUUAGUUUGUUCUGUCAUUGACAGGAGGUCUUUUACUGAAAGUAUUGAAAUUUUGAAACAAUUCAUCAAAGUGAAAAAAUGUCAAAACUUUCCAUUAAUUUACAUGAUUCACAAAGUUGAUCUAAUUACAAGGUCAAUCAAUAGGUGCAAACGAGAAGUCACUGUGGAAAUGGUGGAUCUAGCGAUACGAGAACUUGGUUUAGUGAAUUAUUCUAUUCAUGAGUCCACUAUCAAAAUUCAUUCAUCUGUCAAAAAUGCUUUUCACGAUUUUGUUGUCAAGUGUAGGAAUAUUAUUCCAAUGGAUUACAUGAAAUUAAUUCGUAAUAUUAUUAAGAAAGAUUCUAAAGUGUUUAAUGACUUUGAGAGCCACCAAUCCUCUUCAUGUACCUUAAUGUAA